CAUGGGCAUACGCUUGUACAAGUUGCUUUAGAAUUUGGUUUGUGAUUAAUAUAAUUGUGUUUUCUUGGAAUGUUAGUUACUAGUGGAUGUGUGAUUCGGCAAGCUAAAUUGUCGAACGGGAUUUGUGCCACUUCUUCGAGAUUCUUGUUUCGUAAAAAGAUAGCACAUAGUUCGUGGCCACCGCUCGAGAGAAGAAAGCAUUCUUCGUACGGGAAAGUCGCUGUCGCCAAUGAAAACCUGAAUUUUUAUAAUUCUCACUUGUCAUCGUCACCACCGAACCUGUCGCUGUGGCGUUCGCUGCAGUUUCUGCGUAGAAAGCGCUCGUUUUGUGCUCUAGCGCGCACUUUUUCCAUCACCUCGUGGACCACCGAUUCGCACCUCGUGGCAUCAGAUUCAACCCGAGCGCCAUCCUUGCAACUGCAUCACCAUAAUCAUCGCAAUUCUGCUAUCACCAGCAGGAGGACAUUAGCAUCACCGGCGUUUCAAAAAAGUUAUUUAAAUUAUUCGUACACAGUUUACCGUUUUCACCCGAGCGGCAGUGUUUCACAACCAAGAAGCUGUUCGAUAAAGCAAUUCUGCACAGUGCCUAACGUAGCUGAUUGUGUGAGUAGCGACCCGAGUGGAGAUAAAGGUCAGAAACGUAAAAGUGAUAGUGAUAGGAGCGAGACAUAUCUCGCUGGUGAAUCGAUAAACAUGUCCAAGCCGGCCUUUCAGCGAUUGCCCGAGAAUGUGGUGCCGAUGCAUUAUGACUUGACGCUGAAACCGAACCUAACAGCGUUCACAUUCGAGGGGAAAACUUCUGUCCAAAUACAGGUCAAAUCACCAACGGAUCGCAUCAUAUGCAACGCACUCGAUUUGGACAUUGUCAGCGCAUCGAUUACGCACGGCACUGAGAAGACGGUGCAGACUUCUAGCGAAACACAGUUCAACAGCGACCUAGAGACAGUAUGCUUCAUCUUUCCAUCAGAAAUAUCCGCCGGUUCGGCCACUCUGGACGUUGAAUUCACCGGAGAACUGAACGACAAAAUGAAGGGUUUCUACAGGAGCAAAUACUACACCCCAUCGGGUGAGGAGCGAUUUGCGGGCGUGACACAGUUCGAGGCAACCGAUGCGCGACGAUGUUUUCCAUGCUGGGAUGAACCCGCCAUUAAAGCAACAUUUGACAUCACACUGACCGUGCCGAAGGAUCGUAUAGCGCUGUCUAACAUGCCAAUAAAAAGUGAGACUCCAUUGGACGAUUUUCGGGUACUCAAAUUCGGCAGAACGCCUAUUAUGUCCACCUAUUUGGUGGCGGUUGUCGUCGGAGAAUUUGAUUAUGUCGAAGGAACAACCAAAGACGGAGUCUUGGUUCGAGUAUACACCCCCAUGGGUAAAAACGAGCAAGGACAGUUCGCACUGGACGUCGCAAUCGAUGUCAUUCCCUACUAUAACUCUUACUUCUCCAUCGACUAUCCACUGCCAAAAAUGGACUUAGUUGCCAUAUCAGACUUUUCCGCUGGUGCCAUGGAAAAUUGGGGUCUAGUCACAUAUCGAGAGACAUUCGUUCUCGUUGAUCCUGAAAACACAUCACUCAUUCGGAAACAAUCGAUUGCUCUGACUGUCGCUCAUGAAAUUGCCCAUCAAUGGUUCGGGAAUCUCGUAACGAUGGAGUGGUGGACUCACCUCUGGCUCAACGAAGGAUACGCCUCGUUCUCGGAGUUUUUGUGUGUGAAUCACCUCUUUCCGAAUUACUCGAUUUGGAAUCAGUUCAUCACCGAUAUGUACACGCACGCUUUGCAAUUGGAUUGCCUAAAAAACUCUCAUCCGAUUGAAGUUCCCGUCGGACAUCCGGCUGAAAUCGAUGAGAUAUUCGAUGAGAUUAGCUACAACAAAGGGGCCAGCGUGAUUCGUAUGCUUUACCACUUUUUGGGUGACGAUGAUUUCCGGAACGGAAUGCACAUUUACCUUAGCCGUAAUAAAUAUAAAAACACAUGCACCGAGGAUCUCUGGGCAGCAUUUGAGGAAGCUAGCAAAAAACCCGUUGAGAGCAUCAUGUCGACUUGGACCAAACAAAUGGGAUUCCCUGUGGUGAGAAUAACGUCUGCCGAGCAAGAUGGCAGCUCUAGGAUUCUUAGGUUAACACAGGAGAAGUUUUGUGCGGAUGGCUGUCAAGCGGAGCAGAAACAAUCGUGGAUGAUUCCCAUCACAAUCUCUACUCCAAAAGCAAAAAAUGCUCAUUCUUUCAUUAUGGAUAAAGAGUCGGUCGAAGUUGUCGUGGAAGGUGUCAAUGCGGACGACUGGGUAAAGCUUAAUCCGGAAUCGAUUGGUUACUAUAGAACGCAAUAUCCAGCUGAGAUGCUGGUCCAAUUUCUACCCGAAAUGAGUAGCCAUAAAAUGCAAGCCUUGGACCGGUUGGGAUUGCUAGAUGAUUUAUUUGCACUCGUACAGGCAGGAAGGAGCUCAACAGUUGAUGCACUCAAAGUCAUGGAUGCCUGCCGCAACGAAAACGACUAUACGGUGUGGUCAUCGAUAACAAGUUUUCUAUCCAAACUACAACUACUGCUGACAGACCCAAUCGUAGAGGACCGCCUCAACCAGUACGGAAUUCGUCUGUAUCAGCCGGUGGCUGAAAGAUUGGGUUGGACUGUGAAACCAGACGAAAGUCAUCUGGAUACCCUGCUCCGACCAUUGGUACUGAGCCGAUUGGUCUCGUUCCGUUGUCCCAAGACUGUGCAGGAGGCCAAAACUAGAUUCAAUGAGCAUGCCCAAAACAAACUCUCGCUUCCUGCCGAUUUGAGAAGCACCUGUUAUAAGGCCGUACUUCAAGACGGUGAUGAAGACACGUUCAAUGAAUUGUUACGCCUCUACCGGGCAACCGACUUGCACGAAGAGAAGGACCGCAUUUCCCGGGCACUCGGUACCAUCGGUAAUGCGGACAUAUUGCGCAAAGUAAUCGAUUUUGCGAUGUCAAGUGAGGUUCGUGCCCAAGAUUCGGUGUUUGUGAUCGUGGCCGUUGCUGUGAAUCCCAAAGGGCGGGACAUGGCAUGGAAUUACUUCAAGGAAAAUUGGAAAGUAUUGCUGGAUCGAUACGAGGGUGGAUUCCUGUUGUCUCGCUUGAUCAAGUAUUUGACGGAGAACUUCUCGACCGAGGAACGCGCGCUGGAAGUUGAGCAGUUUUUCAAAGAACACGAUUUCCCCGGCGCUGAGCGAACCGUAUCACAGUCGAUCGAGACUAUCAGACUGAAUGUUGCAUGGCUACAACGGGACCUGGAAGGAAUUACUAACUAUCUGAAGAACUAAAUAUGUAUCUGCCUUUUUUAGGUUAAAGUCAAGCAUGCGGCUUAACCUUAUUAUUUGUUGCAUAAAAACUGCGACUCAUUUUUUUCUCGUUUCCAUCUUUCGAUCGACACACCACGAUGGUAUGCAAUAAUUUUACGGAUAAAUAUACUGUUCCAAACAGUUGUACACCUUAUUGAAGCCAAAGUAUAUUCGGCGAAGUCGGUAAGUAGGAAAUAGUUAAAUUGAGAGCAAUUGCGGUGUAAACAUAGACAAAUGAGCCAUUUUUACCGCAAACUUAGUUAACAUUGUUGAUAUAUUAUACAUUACAAUUACAAAAGACAUAGAACAUCACGCUAGAAAAGCGAUAAAUUAUUGCAAUAAAAUAUGCGACAAUUUUUGCUGUUAAUUUGUAGGAUACCAUUCUCGGAUAUAAAUACAAAACGCA